UUAUACUGCCUUACGGCACUCCUUUCCCUAACUAACUAACGAAUCUCUCUUUCUCUGUCGUUCCAGCCACCGCCAAUCCAACCCGAAUAUCAUCAGUUCGGAUCUUUAAGCCCAAAUUAUACAUUGCUAACCGUUUUGAUGCAGUGAAAUUAGAGUAACAUAGUGAUGGAGGCGGAGAAUGGAACGAAUUUCACUUACAUGGGGAGGAGCUUCGGAAAUACGAAUGUAAACGAUGAUUCCUCUGCUUUCAGCGACUGCAAUAGUGACAGAUCCGGCGAGUUCCCGACGGCGUCUUCUGAGAGCCGGCGAUUAUUUCUAGCCUGCACAUCAGAGAACUCAGAUGAUCUGAUUCGCCAGCUCGUAUUGGAUCUUGACGCCUGUUCGAUUGAUGAGCAAAAGCAAGCGGCUAUGGAGAUUAGGCUCCUGGCCAAGAACAAACCAGAGAACCGCCUCAAAAUUGCCAGAGCAGGGGCGAUUAAGCCACUGAUUUCACUUAUAUCGUCAUCGGAUCUUCAGCUUCAAGAAUAUGGUGUCACAGCGAUUUUGAAUCUCUCGCUCUGCGACGAAAACAAAGAAUUGAUUGCUUCAUCAGGAGCGAUUAAGCCACUUGUUAGGGCUUUGAGAACAGGGACAUCGACGGCCAAAGAAAACGCGGCCUGUGCUCUGCUUCGCCUCUCGCAAGUAGAAGAAAACAAGGUAGCAAUCGGACGGUCAGGAGCGAUUCCGCUACUGGUGAGCUUACUGGAAGUUGGAGGAAUUCGGGGGAAAAAGGACGCAGCAACAGCUCUGUAUUCGCUGUGUUCAGUUAAGGAGAAUAAGAUCAGGGCUGUGCACGCGGGGAUCAUGAAGCCACUGGUGGAAUUGAUGGCUGAUUUUGGGUCAAAUAUGGUUGACAAAUCAGCGUUUGUCUUAAGCGUCUUAGUUAGCGUUCCGGAGGCGAGAACGGCGUUGGUUGAGGAAGGAGGUAUUCCUGUGCUGGUUGAGAUCGUGGAGGUCGGGUCGCAGAGACAGAAGGAGAUUGCGGUUGUUAUAUUAUUGCAGAUUUGCGAGGAUAAUUUGACUUAUCGUGUUAUGGUGGCUCGCGAAGGAGCGAUUCCUCCCUUGGUUGCUUUGUCGCAGUCCGGCACCAAUCGCGCCAAGCAAAAGGCGGAGACACUGAUAGAUCUUCUACGGCAACCAAGAUCCGGUAACGCCGCUGCCAGGACAUCAGACGUGUUAGUAUAAGUGGUGUCUCAGUCUCUAGCACAUGCCCCAUGUGUAAUCAUACAUACCAAGUGUGGAUAUUUUUUCUUUUCUUUUUUCACUUAGAAGGCAACCAACAAGAAAAAAAAAAUUGAGAGAUGAAACAAACAUGUAAAUAUCUCUUUUACGGAGCUUGUAAAAUUUAAGUGGUUUGAGUUUGGUAUAUGGGCCUUGAUUAGCCCUUGGCUUUGGCGGAUUUUAAAAAUGCAUUUGGUUCUUUUCACCUAA